CACAGCGAGCGCUGACACCAUUUGUGAGCCGUCUGCCGCGUCUCACGCACAGCUGUGGAGAUGCGCUUCCCGCCGCUGCCGCCGCUGCUGCUGCUGUUAGGCCUCCUGCAGCCCCUGCUGGGAUUCCAGAUCGAUUGGAAGAAGUUGGAAAAUAUCUCAAGAGGCAAAGUUGAGUCAUGUGGGGGAUGACAGCUGAACAGGCUGAAAGAGGUGAAGGCUUUCGUCACGGAGGACAUCCCUCUUUAUCACAAUCUGGAAAUGAAGCAUAUCCCAGGAGCAGAUCCCGAACUUGUACUACUUACCGCCCAAUACAAAGAGCUGGAGCGCAUUCCACUCAGUGAAAUGAAGAGAGACGAGAUUAACCAGCUAUUAAAAGACCUAGGAUUUUACAAGAAGGAGAGCAGGGACGCCCCGGUACCACCUGAGUUCCAGAUGGCACCAGCACGGAUCGCAAAGACACAAGAGGAAGGAGCCAAAGAUGACCUGUAAUGCAGUUAGCGUCUUAUCUGCUAUAGGGGCUAAGUUAAAAUGCAAGUUCUUAUUUUACUGAAAAGGUUAGAAGAGAUUACUGGGGGGAAAUCAGAGCCUAUGAUAAAUUGAUUUGUACCAAUUCACUCACAAACUGGCCUAAAACAGGGUUAUUGUAACACUGUCAAUCUGCAUUUUCCAGCCACUGUUUUGACAUUCCUCAGGUACAGUUCGUCUUUUUUUAAAAAAUAUAUAUUUUAAAUUGUGUUUAUUGCACAGAAUACCUAUUUGCAGAGUGGCUUAUCGUUAAAUACCUGACACUUAAAGCGUGUAUAAUUGUCACUAGCACAUUCCAAUGAGCCAUGUUUUGAGUGCACAAGAACAGGGAAACACCAAAUUUACAUUUUACAAUGGGAACCUGUGAUCUGUCCAUUCCUUGGUUACAAAUUCUUAAUCUUUUAAGACCCGCACAAUGUAACCAGACCAAUUGUGUGUGUGUGUGUGUGUAUACACACACACACCACAAACAUUGCAAAAAUGGUUGGAUAUUUUUCAUUGCUUAAUCCUGCAGACAAAAAAUAUUAGAUUCAUGAAUGCAUGUUAUUUUUAAUUACAUAAAAAAGAGCAGACGUACAACUAAACACUGCAUCACAAUACAGCCAGCCAAGUUAGUAAUGCGCCGACUUGGGACAUUAGCCAACAAGGUCUGUUUGUGAAAUUGUGUUGGUAGGCCACCAGCUGGUCUUAGCCUGUUAUGACAUUGAAUUGGUACAAAUAUUUUGUUUGGGCUGCUGAUUUUUAUACCCAACUUUUGAGUAUAGGUAACUUACCGUUGGAUGGACUACUGAUACCUUGUUACGUGCACAGCUAUUGCAAACUUCUCCAUCUGGCCUGCCUCGUCUACCAGGACAUGAAUGAUGUCCUCAGCUGUAAAGCUUCCAAGCUGAGAACUGAUGUAAACAGUCUAGAUGAUGAGGUAGUGUCAGGUUCCAGCAGUACACAAAUGGAGAAUGUUCCUGAUGAAAAAGAUGCAAUAAAACGAUAUAAACAAAAA